AUGCUCGGCCUCAGUUACUACCACGCUCAGAUAGCGAUCGCCCACUUCAUCUGCUGCCUCAUCGCCGGCCUGACAGUCUGCACACGCGUUUACGCCAAAAAGUCGACGAAACAAGGUCUUAGGAGAGACGACUAUCUCAUCCUGUGGACGCUGAUCGUCUACUGGGCCGCCAUCAUCGUCGCCCUACACGAGAGCUUCACAAACUUUGGACCCUAUACCAAAACCGAGAUCCUAGACAUGCACUUGACCGCUGCCUCCCCCCAGCUGAUCCAAUACCGUAAGGCCAUGCUCACCGCCUUCCUCCUCGGAAUAUGGUCUCAAUUCACCUGCAAACUCUCCAUCCUCCUCUUCUACCGGCGCAUCUUCCGCACCUGCACCUUCCACCAACGCGCCUCACUCUACCUAAUCAUCUUCACCUCGCUCUGGUGGGCCACCGCCGUCGCCGCCAUGAUAUUCGUCUGCCGGUCCUUUGUCGUCAGCUCCCAUAGCCCAACUGAAGCCGUCAAAGUGGCUGCUGAGCGGGAGAAAUGGAAGGGAAAAUGGCCGCAAGUAUUCCAGGCUUUUCUCGCGCUCGACGCGGCGAAUGAUUUGGCUAUCUUGCUUGUGCCGAUAAGAACGGCGUUUACGCUGCAGAUGGCAAGACGGGCGAAGGUUGAGCUUGUGGGGGUGUUUGCGCUGGGUGGGUUUGUAGUUGUUACUAAUGUGGUAAGGAUUGUUGAGUUUUAUACGAGGCGGAAAGAGGAUCCGAAUGAGAGUGGGUCUUCCAAGGUUCUCUUGCUUUGA